AUGCACAAAGGGAUAGAGUUCUGCAAGAUUCAAGACAUUAUUCACAUGAGUUUUGCUCAGAAAAUGAAGAAAAAGAACCAAUCAAAGAAUGAAAAACCAGUUGAGCAGAACCCUGUGGCAGCAAACGUGAAGAAGCCCCUGCCUAUCAUAUCCUCUGCCACACCUAAGAAGCAAAAGCCUGGUAGUGAAAUCGAUGAAAUCUUUGCGGGGAAAAAGAGAAAGAAACCGGAGAAGGUUGAGGAUGUGGUUGGAGAGCCUAAAAAAAAGGGUAUGCAGAACAAAAGGAAGGAUAGCAAAGUUUGUAAAGAAAAUGGUUCGACGACGUCUGGUUUAAGGUGUAGGAAAAGGACUGGAGAUGGGCUUGCAAUUUAUAGUGAGAAGGAAUUGGGUAUCGACAGGGUAGAUGCCGGAGGUACUCCUCUCUGUCCGUUUGACUGCGAUUGUUGUUUUUGA